GCUACGACAAGGCGACAUAGGUUUCUUUAUUUCGUUGCCCGUUUUCAUUUCACUUCAAUAAUAACUAGAAUGACGAACCACGAUGAUAUUAAGGCCAUACUGGAGGGGGCAGAGGCACCAGUAACUGACAAGUGUUGCAUCUACAGAGUCCCCUUUCAUAUCCGCAAGUUCAACGAUGAUGCAUACACACCAAAGGUUGUUUCUAUUGGCCCUUUUCAUCAUAAAAGCCAUCCUCGCCUCCAAAAUAUGGAAAGACACAAACUACUUUAUUGCAAAGCAUUUCUGGAACGAACCCAAACAAGUUUGGACAGUUGGAUCCGCUACAUAGAAGAGGUGGAGCCCGAUUUUCGUCGCUGUUACUCAGACACCCUUGAAUUCAGCAAGAAGGAACUGGUGGAUAUCAUCCUUGUAGAUUCCGGUUUUAUAAUUGAGCUCUUUUGUAGAAUCAUUUCUGGUACAUGGUCACGCGACGACAGGUUUCUUGCAACACCUUUGUUGUUCACCAAUAUAGUCCAAGACUUGUGUUUACUCGAAAACCAACUUCCUUUUUUUGUUCUUGAGGGUCUCUUCAAUCUGUCAUUUGCCUCUACAUCUAGCGGCAUUUCAUUUCUUGAGCUUACCCUUUUCUAUUUUGACAAUUACAAUAGAUCCAACUUGGUUUUUAAUAAUAAUACUAACAUUAGACACUUCACGGAUCUUAUUAGAACUUUUCACUUGCAACAUCCUCUAAACAGACGACCCUCUAGGACUGAUACAUACGUGAAACAUUUUCCUAGUGCUACUGAGUUAUUAGAAGCAGGGGUGAGCUUUAAGGUAAACAUCCACAGUAAAUGCUUACUAGACUUGAGAUUUUCAGAAGGGGUUCUUCAAAUCCCGCAGUUGGAAGUGGAAGAUUCCACUGAAAUUUUGUUACGCAAUAUGAUAGCUUUGGAGUUGUGUCACUAUCCAUACAAAUCCUACAUUACAGACUACGCUAAAGUUUUGGAUCUCCUUAUAAACACCAGCAGAGAUGUGGAUGUGCUGGUUCGAAAGAAUGUGCUCGUUAACUGGCAAGAGGAUAAUGCUUCUGUGGCUAACUUGUUUAAUGGUCUUUUGAAAAAUGUUAUUAGAGGAAAUGACAAUUCCCAUUACCUUACUAUCUGCCAAGACCUUAAUGCUUUUUGUAAGAACCCUUGGAAUAAUUCCAAGUCCACUCUGAGGCAGGAUUAUUGUAAAAGUCCUUGGCAAACUGCUGCUACCAUUGCUGGAAUUGUUCUCCUUAUUCUCUCUAUAAUUCAAACAGUUUGUUCUGUCUUGCAAGUAAUACAACAAUAGAAUGCUUUUUCCCUUCCCCUAAAGACAAGGUGUUGUAACAAAUUAAUUAUUCCUUUUCCAAAACUUCAUAUCUGGACGGAAUUAUAGGUAUGCAUGAAGUUCGAUGCUGCUCUUGAAGUCUAUGCUGCAAUGUAACAUGUUUUUAAGGUUUAAUAGUUUGAAAAAAAAUUACUAUCGACAGAUUAAUUGAGUACUUUCAUUUUUCUUGGUUUGCAUAUUUCUAGGUUCUUCUU